AGCAGUAAUCAAUUAGAACAUCACUCUUAAUUAUCUACUACCCCCGGUCCCACUCUUGAACAUUAAUGAGCUGAAUCACCCUAGAUAUUGUUUCACUUCAUAUAAAAAACUCGCGAAACACCAACACGCAGCCAACGCAAGUGAAUGUCUAAACCACAAGCGGGGAAAUCUCUCUAGCAAAACUGGGAUGAGUCAGAAGGCCGUGAUGUUUUUUCUCUUUGCUUAUUGCAUAACAAGUAACGCUGGAAAUUCCGGCUGUAUCGAAACAGCUCUUCCCAGCUCCUGAACCUACAAAAACUAUAUACUGGAAAUCCCAAGCUUAGAAACUGAGUCAGUGGCGUAUGCACUGUAAAUAGAAAGUAGACUUCAAGCCAGGCCAUAAAUAGCCAGCGUAUAUAAAGGCAAGUCACGCUGGGAACUCUCAAAGAAUCAGACAGGCUGCAAGUCACAUACACAGGUAUCGGAGGUAUUGGGAUAGAAACCGCAUUGACCGGCCAGUACAAUUUCUCUGAAGAACAUGGAUGCGACUCCUACGGUGAAAACUUGUGAUUUCCUAAAGUCAACAACCAUUCUGGAACAACAGACAGAAAUCGAUCGGCUGCUGACAGAGUUAAAUGAUUUGGAAACCACUGGGACACGAAUGUCACAAUCCAAGUACGUCAAUGAAGACUGGAAAAGAAACAAGCGAUGCCAAGCAAAGAAAAGCCUUGCCCUAGCCCAUACACUUAUUGCCUAUCAGCGUGAUCCAAUUUCUGAGGGUCUUCUCUAUUACGACAACAGCCGUAAAGCAUACCAAGACUUGCAAGACGUGACCAAUGAGGGGAAAGUUGCAUUAAUAAUGGGACAAAUAUUGUAUAAGCACGAGAGAUGGUGGCCAGCCAAAGUGUACUUCUUAAGCAGCAUCCGUCUUCUCAUGUCCAAAAUAGAGUCUGGGGAUUAUUCUGAGAAAGAGAAGCAAAUUUUUGUAUGUGCACUCAAAGGUCUUGCCAAAACUUUGUUCUCUAUUGGUCUCGCAUUCAAGUUCACCAAUGCCGUGCGGCUGAUGGAGUUGUACUCGAAGCAUGAAGUGGACGAUCCCGAAGUACUGCUAUGUCUCAGCCUUGCCCACGCAGUGAAUGCUAUGCUCAAAUCUGAUCACAGACGCCAAAGUCAGGUGAAGGACAACAUAGAACAGUUCCAAAUAUGUAUGGAACAAGCUUGCGAAAUUGGAGACAUGGAUUACGAGCUUGCCAUAGCUCUGAUAAUCAAAGAAAGAUUUUGCCAUGGCAAUAUGUACGAGGAAGCCAUGGCACACAUAGACCACUGCUUUAUCCAUGCCACAGAACAUGGUCAUGACAUACAGGCGGAACUCAUCUGUGCCAUGACAAGCAUAUUCCGGACUGUCUUAGCCCAUGACAAGUUUGAACAGACCAACGCACUGGCCAUGGACUACAUUCAACAAUCCUCCCGUCCAAACAAGCGCUGCCAAAUUAAAGUUUUCCUUGGCAGACAUAUUGUGUCUAUAAAACACUUUCGCACCCAUCCACAAGAAACCAACAUUGUAACAUCAGACGACAUAGAAAACAAUAAAAUGGCAGAGGUGGCCCUCGGUAUGGCAAGAGAGAUUGUCGAUCCAAUACUCACUUGUACACUUCUGAAAAACCUGGGAAUGGCUUACAUUAGAGUGGCGCACUUGACCACAGAACCAACAAAGAUACCUGAAAGAUCUCACCUGAUCGAGAAAGCAGGGCAAUAUCUCUGUGAAGCGGAGGGCUACGCAAAGAUGUACAGGCAAAAACCUCUUAUGGCGCAGAUUGAGACACUAUUGCUGUUUUAUAAUAUACUGAAGACAAAUCAAUUUGAUAAGCUACCUGACAAUGUGGUUGAGACAAUAACAAAACAGGUUGAGGAGUAUGAUACUUAUACAUCAGAGUUCAAAUCGGUGCCUUUUAGGUACAAUCCUCAUGGCAUUCUUGCUAGGGUCUACACACUAGCAAACAAGUGCCCUGAGAAGGUCAUUCCACACAUCAAGCAUGACUUAGAAACCAGUAGUUUGGUCAUGACUGGAGACGACAGCUUGAAUAGGUCCAUUUUAAAAGCUAACAAAAUCACCUUCCAACUAUUCAACAUCUUGCACGCGUCACACAUACCAGAUGAAGACAGAGUAAGUCAAGGCCUGGAACUCCUGGAAGCGGGGCGUGCCCAAGCAUUCUUGAAGCUACUGCAUCAAAGACACCAUGACUUCAACCAAACCCUUUCUGACCCUGGAAAGAUGUCAUAUGAAGAGAUCGCUAACAGCCUUCGGACAAGGGGACUUCCCACCUUGAUCUACAUGUAUCAGCCAUAUGACAAACACUCUUCCUGUGUAACCUACAAUGGCAAAUACAUUGGCUUGACUUCACUUCAACUUCCUGAUGGCGGCUACUCAGUGCUCCAGAGAGCUAUAGUAACAGUCAGAAAUGCAGUGGUACGAAACCAUAAAACAGCAGAAGGACGGGCAGUUGAAUUGAAGUCUCUGCAAGAAAUGUCCCCCUUAAUGCCCAAUGAUGUGAUUGAAAAAACUGAUGAGACAGCUUUUGCCAGUGACGAGACCAGUCCAUUCUUCACAGGAGCAGGUUUAGAAGAUGCCUCUGUUUUAAAAACUGAAGAAGAGACGUCCAUCUCCAUGGAAUGGCCUGACACGCGCUGUAAAAUACCAGAUUUCGAAGAAGAUGAUUAUAGCAACAACAACACAUAUUCAGCUCUUCAUUGCCUCUACUCCUCUUUGAUCAAACCAAUGGUAGACCGCAUAGAAUGCCAAGUCACCAACGAGCUCCUUGUCAUCCCCAUGGAUGAGUUGUUUCUUGUCCCUUUCACAGCCCUCCAGGAUGAAGACGGCAAAUACUUAGGCAAUAAGUACCAAGUAAGACUUACGCCUAGCAUUCAAGCUCUUGAUCUUGUAUCAGCCAAAGCCAAUCAAGACUCUGGACACAACCCAACUUGCCUAUUAGUAGGCAACCCUGAUGUUGGAGAAAUUGCUGGGAAGGUCAUCCCAUCUCUCCCCUUUGCUGAGAAAGAAGUCAAGUUGAUUGCAUCCUGGUUGAACACUGAGCCCCUCGUUGGGAAACAAGCUACCAAACCUGCUGUGCUUUCCAAAAUGGUCGGUGCCACUCUGAUUCACAUUGCCACACAUGGUUCCAGCAAAGAUGGCUCUUUGAUUUUUGCUCCUGAUUUGUCUCACAGUCCUAACAAGUUCACAUCCUCACACAUGGUCCAAGACCCCAAAGAAGAUGCAUUGCCAUCCCCAAAUAUGGCUUCAAGCUUCAGUGGGGCCUUGACCCAAAGUCGCUCACCAAAAGUGGAAGACUGCAUUGUCACCAUUGAAGAUGUGAUGUCCCUGAAGCUUGAAGCAAAGUUGGUGGUUCUUAGUGCCUGUAACACUGGACGUGGUGACAUCUCCGCUGAUGGUGUGUUUGGAAUAUCCAGGGCCUUCAUGGCUGCUGGUGCCCUCUCUGUCCUCGUUACCCUGUGGGCAAUCCCUGAUGAAGCAACCAAAAUCUUUAUGGAACAUUUCUACUCCCACCUCAAGGCUGGCGACACCGUCAGCAGAGCCCUGCAGUCAACAAGGAUUGCCAUGCAGCAAAAUGACAGAUUCAGCCACCCUAUGAACUGGGGGUCAUUUCAGCUCAUUGGAGACAACCCUCGGCUUUUCCCAAAGGGAAUACAAACUUAAGAACAAUCAUCUCCUUUACACUGUGGACAAUGUACUCUUUUCUUUAGGAACUAGAUUAAUAGUCGAACACACUGGACACAUUUCUUGGUUAUUUUCCUAAAGGAGUAAAGAAUUGGAAACAUUCUACAUUAAUAAGAAUUUUUCACUUGUAAGAGGGUGGUCAAAUUUUCAUUACUAUUAUUAUUUUCAUUCUGUUUAGUUGUUUGAAAAUUGCAGGUAUACCGAUGAGCUUUGUUUAGUUUAUAUGCGUGCAUGUGUGUGCAUGCAUGUGUGUGAGUGUGUGUGCAUGGAGCGUGCCCUCCUAAUUGUGUUAUUACUAAAUUGUCUAUUUUUGUUUAUUUCAUAAUGACACUGGGCAAUCAGUUUGGUGCCUGUAAGUAGGCUGUAAAGUUAAAUUUGUUACACUGUUAAAAUUACAGGUUCAAUAAUGAUUAUUAUGAAU